AUGAUUUUAAUUAUUUUGGUGAUUGUGUUCUAAGUGAUAGGAGAAGAAUUAUUAAAUUUGACAACCAAAACAUUCUCAAUCGAAGAUGAGUUGAGUGGAGUCAAGGAGGUUAUUCAAGGAUCACGCUAAUUUAUUACAGACUUCGACAAUGCUGAAUUUGCAAUCAAUAUAGAAUUGCAUGGAAAUAAUAGUUAUCCUUGGGAUAUAUGUUUUUCAAAAUAAGGGUCAGUUGAAUUCGGGGAAUAUGAAAAUCAUCAUACUGUAAUUUAUAAUGCUACUCACAAUCCUGAUCAAGAACAUGCAAAUGAUCCAUCAUAUUAUUUAAGUACACCAAUAUUGGUCAAUAUGGUCAUAACAAAAUAAGGAUUAUUGAUUGCAACAAGUGAUCAUACUUUAUUGAAUUACAACGUUACCUAGGAUCCAUAAAGCUAAGUUGGAUUUAAAACACAACUCUUAUAGGAAUAUGACUACGAUUCCUUGAGAAGUGAAGCAACUGAAGCUGAAGUGCCAUAAAUUGUAUAUGUCCCUACAUAUAAUUAUGUAUAUUUGAUAUAUAGAGAUUAAAUUUUAAAAGGAAAGGUUUCAUCCAACAUGACUUUGUAAAACUGUUCAAUUGGUAGUGGAUUAGAAAAUGACAAUAAUUUUAUUGGGUAAAUCAAGGUUUUGAAUAACUAUAUGUUUGUUCCAUUGGGUAGGGAUGGCCUAGAUAUCUAUUAGAUUAAUAAAGACGGUGAUAUAAGUCUUAAGAUGUCUUUGAAUUCAUUUGAUUUAUAUAACAAGGACUUAACCAUAAGUUUAGUGGAUAUAGCGUUCAGCAAAUCCACAAACUCGAAUGAUACUUAUGCCUUCAUUCUAGACAGCAUUCAUGGUGUUACCAAGUAUCUUGUUAGAACUAGUGAAUAACAAAUAGUAUUGAAUAGAGAUGAUAAAUUUGGCCUCGUCGAUAUCAAAUCAGGUUUAACUAUUGCAGUAUAGCCUGACGAUUUCCUGUUGAUUCUCAAGGAAGUGUAAGUUUAUUUGAUUAUCGUUUUAGUGGAAUCAAUCAAUAAUUGGUUGAAAUAGGGUUCAAGGAUGAAGGAUGGUUCGAAGUCAAGACUCAUUAUUUGACUGGAUAAUAUUUUGAUAUUAUUCUUUCCAAAGAUUUUGUACUUCUGAGAGGUAAAGACGAACACAGAAUUGUGAGAACUGGUGUUUAUGAGGAGUUUGAACCAGAAUUUAAAUUCUAUACUCAAGAUGAUUAUUUCACUGAAAAGGCCAAUUCUUUCUAUGAAGAUUACGUGUUUAUUCCUAAAUUGUAGAGUGUGAAGUUUUACGGAUCAGAUUUUUAAACCGAAGGAGAUGACAAUCAAUGGUCAUUCUAAAAAGAAUAUCCAUUCCUUUUGGGUUUAACUCAACAUACCAUUGUGGAAUUACCAUAUAUUGUCAGAAAUCCUCAGAUAUUUUGUGAACCUAAGUCUGAGCAGGAUGUUGGCAAAAUUUACAAAUAUGAAAUACUAAUGAAUGCGACUUCAUGUCCUGACAAAGAUAAAUAUUUGGAAGAGAAUCCCAAAGUCCCAUAUCAAACCAUUCAGUGCUCAUAUAAGAAUGCAUUUUAGGUCAAAGUUGUGUUGGCUUAGGCCAAGAUAUACAACACCCAAGAGUUGAUUGGAGUGAUUAUUGGACUCAUAAUUCUCUUAAUUCUAUUAGCAUUCUUGUUGGCUUAUUUGUAUAGAAAAUUCAAAGUUAAGGAAGAGGGGCUAACCAGUCAAGUGUAAGGUUUUGAUAACCAGAAGGGAUACGAUUUAGAACCAAAUGAUGCUCCUGCCACUCAGGGAUUAUGAAGCAUAAUUCAUUUUUAAUAUUAUG